AUGGAUACAGGACCAAAACAACGGAGGUAUAUGAAUCCCCGAUUCAAAGCGAAUAUAUUUUCAGUGCUUACAUUCGGAUGGACUCUGGAAACAUUCAAGCUUGGAUACACUCGCGACAUCAAUGAAACUGAUCUCUAUUCUGCGCUGCCAGAGCAUCGCUCUGAUAUUUUAGGCAACGCAGUGCAAAAGGGAUGGGAACACGAGGUGGAGAGAUGCAGACGCCGUCGUGGCCGCAGAGGCAAACCGAGCCUCAUGAAAGUGCUCAUCAAGGUGUUUGGCGCGGAGCUCAUGCUGUAUGGGCUUGUGUUAGCAGCUAUGGAGUUUCUUAUACGGUUGCAGCAACCACUGUUUCUUGGGUUGCUACUCCGGUACUACAGCCCUAUUCAAGGAUUACAUCAUAGUAAUGCUACGUCAAAUGCAACGUACGUGAACCGCCUGCUCUCCUUCUACGAGUCCAAGAACCCGCUGUCGUGGGGCGAAGCCGUUUUCUUCUCUUUCGGUGUAGUCUUUUGCAGUGCAUUCAAUGUGAUGGUGCAGCACCCCUUCAUGAUGGGUGUCAUGCACAUUGGCAUGAAGAUGCGGGUCGGCAUAUGCAGCCUUAUUUAUAGAAAGGCAUUGAAAGUAAGUCUACAAACGAUAUCUGAGAGCAGCGCGGGCUUGGUCGUCAACUUGAUGGCGAACGAUGUGAACCGGUUUGACUCUGGCCCUAUUUUCGUGCACUACCUCUGGAUUGGGCCUAUUGAGGCCAUGUUGAUGGCAGCCUACUUGUAUAGAGAAAUGGGAAUAGCAGCUGUGUACGGGGUUUUAAUAAUCAUAGCGGUUGUUCCUUUUCAAAUAUUCCUAGGAACACAAACUGCGUACUACAGAAGGCAAACUGCUAUGAAAUCUGACGAAAGAGUGAGAUUGAUGAAGGAAAUCAUAACGGGAAUAGAAGUUAUUAAAAUGUACACUUGGGAGCAGCCGUUCCGAUCUAUUAUCGACAAAGUUCGACGGGAGGAGAUCCACGAUAUAAAAAUAACGUCUCUUAUUCGCGGCGUGAUAAUGUCCUUCAUAAUGUUCAUAUCCCGGUUCGGGAUCUUCAUCACGGUGUUUCUAUACGUCACCUUCGCCCACCACAUCACCGUGGAGAAUGUAUUCUUCCUCACCUGCUACUACAACAUCGUCAAGCAAACUAUGACCCUGUACUUCCCCCAGGCCGUAGGACAGAUAGCGGAAAUGUACGUGGCAAUUCAAAGGAUCCGCGACUAUUUGUUGUGUGAAGAGUGUCACCUACCGCCGCGCGACCGCCCUGACAUACUCACCAUUGAGAAUCAACGGCCGAAGAAGAAAGUUACCUUGAUUGUUCCAGCGGGUUCUGGUACAGUAAAACUUUCUCGUCAACAUCAACCGAGCACUUCAAAAUUGCCACCACCAACGCCACCACCAGAGCCAAUUCAAGAACGUGAAAAGGAUGAAAUAGCAAUAAUCUUCGACGACGCCAGCACUCGGUGGAUUUUAUCGUCAGACAAAGAAGACGUCAAGAAUAUCAGUUUAAAGAUAAAUUUUCUCUCUCUGACUACAAUAAUCGGGGGCGUCGGUUCUGGCAAGUCGACUUUACUUCACAUGAUUUUGAAUGAGUUGCCCUGUUCUUCCGGGAGUCUGGCAGUGAAUGGAACCAUCAGCUAUGCUAGCCAGAACCCCUGGCUCUUUGUUGGUUCUGUCCGUCAAAAUAUCCUCUUCGGGCAGCCAUUCGUAAGGUCUCGUUAUAUGGAAGUUUGCAAGGUGUGCGCGCUCGAAAGAGACAUCUCUCUGUUUCCUCACGGAGACAAGACAGUGGUGGGCGAGCGAGGAGUGUCGCUGAGUGGGGGCCAGAGAGCCCGGAUCAACUUAGCCAGAGCUGUUUAUAAGGAGGCCGAUAUAUAUUUGUUUGAUGACCCGCUAUCGGCAGUGGAUACACACGUCUCAAAACACAUUUUUGAAAGAUGCAUUCAGAAGUAUCUAGAAAAGAAAACCGUAGUAUUAGUGACGCAUCAGCUUCAGUUUAUCAAAUCUGUCGACGAAAUUGUCAUAAUGGAAAAAGGAAGAAUUCUUGCGGUUGGUGCCUUCGACGACUUGAACGAUCAAGAGCUGAAGAUAAUAAAGAUGAUGAAGGCGAAGACGCGCGAAGUGCACGAGGAGGUUACGUUGCUGAGCAGCGCGAGCGCCUCCGCCAUGAGUACUCUCAGCGUGCACCGGCAUCAUUGGUCGCUCGUACUUGAAGGCAGUUUUGCUGACCAGAAAAUGGAAGCGGAGAUGCAAGCCAUGGGCCGCGUGCACGGGUCGGUGUACCGCGACUACUUCUUGGCGGGCGCGGCGUGCCCGUACGUCAGCGUCGUCGUCUUCAUGUUCAUACUCGCGCAGUUCUGUGCCAGCUUAUGCGACUACUGGCUCAGUCGGUGGAGCCAAGUAGAAGAUGAACUGACAGGUGACGCGACCAUGGAUAAUGUGAUUUGGAGCGAACAAGGUUUGACCAGAAACGACUUUGUUUUUACUUUCGGAAUCGUUACAAUAGCCACCAUUGCGGUCGCAUUGUUAAGGGCUUUCCUGUUUUUCACACUAUGUAUGAGAUCAUCUAUCAGGUUGCAUGAUCAAAUGUUUGAACGCAUAUCGCACUCUCCGAUGAGCUUCUUCCACACGAACCCUUCGGGCAGAAUCCUCAACAGAUUCAGCAAGGACAUGGGUGCUGUAGACGAACUCCUGCCUCAAGCUAUGAUAGAUUGCUUUCAAAUACUGUUAAACUUAAUAGGUGUCAUAUGUGUAAUAUUGAUGACGGACAUAAGCCUGCUCAUACCGAUUACCGCAGCACUUAUAAUAUUCUACAUUUUGAGAGUCAUCUACAUUAGAACCACUGGGGCUGUGAAACGUUUAGAAGGAAUUACACGUAGUCCCGUAUUCGGACACCUUAACGCCACUGUCUUCGGAAUAGCGACAAUCAGGUCAUUCGGCGCCGAGGAUUUGCUCAUUGAAGAGUUUGAUCGGCACCAGGACCUACACAGCGCUGCUUGGUACCUCUUCAUCACAUGCAGCCGAGCCUUCGGGUACUUCCUCGAUAUCAUCUGUCUGCUGUUCAUCAUAUGCGUCACUUUCAGCUGCUUGAUGAAACAUGACAUGCCAGGCAGUUUAGUUGGCCUAGCCAUUACACAGUCCAUCUCGCUAACGGGAGUAUUCCAAUGGGGCAUGAGACAAUCCGCCGAGAUGGAAAAUCAGAUGACCAGUGUAGAAAGAAUAUUCGAGUACACCAAUCUACCGCAAGAACCUGCUCUCAAAAGCGACGAAGACAAGAAGCCACCUCCCGACUGGCCGGCGGAGGGUGCGAUACAUUUUGACAAUCUAACCUUGAGAUACACCCCGAAUGGAAAUGUUGUGCUCAAUAAACUUCAGUUACAGAUCAAAUCUAAAGAAAAGAUUGGCAUUGUAGGCAGGACGGGGGCAGGCAAGUCUUCAGUGAUACAAGCUCUCUUCCGUCUGGCGUACAUGGAAGGUCGCAUUAUAAUCGACGGUAUUGACACAUCCACUAUCGGACUUCACGAUUUGAGGGAAAAGCUGUCAAUCAUUCCACAGGAGCCUGUUUUAUUCAGUGGAAACAUGCGUAAGAAUCUGGAUCCGUUUGAUCAAUAUCCCGAUCAGGUGUUGAUCAAUGCCUUACAUGCUGUUGAACUUGUCACUGAAGAAGGUAAUAUUUCAGACCCACUGGAACUAACCGUACUGGAAGACGGCAGCAACUUCAGCGUGGGCGAGCGACAGUUGGUGUGCUUGGCGCGUGCUAUAGUGCACAACGACAAUAUCCUGGUGCUAGACGAGGCGACGGCCAACGUCGACGCGCAGACCGACAGCCUCAUACAGACUACUAUACGAGAACACUUCAGCAACUGCACUGUGCUUACCAUCGCGCAUCGGCUCAAUACUGUCAUUGAUUCUGAUAAGAUAUUGGUCCUGGAUGCGGGCCGUGUGAUGGAGUUCGACCAUCCCCACAUACUGCUGCAGAACAAACGCGGCUACUUCUCCAAGAUGGUGGCCGAGACCGGACGCUCUAUGACGCAAAUGCUCACCAAAAUGGCUGCCGAGAGCUACGAGAAAAAGAUGGCAGAAGAAACAAAUUACGAAAAUGUUACGUAA